GAUCUCACGCGAUCCGCACAACGACAGCUCAUAACCACCGGACACCUCUCACCUUUCAACAACAACCCAACGAUCAACAACCUACGUUCAUCACUUACGUUGGCUUAUCCGGGUUUUAACCUACCCGGGCGUCCAAACCCGGAACAUCUUCACUUCGGACCGGCAAUGCUACCCUCCCCACCCCUAACCUCAUCCAACUCUUCCUCCGCCAAUCCAUCACCCACAAUACCUCACCACCACCAGCACCAGCUAACCAAAAGCAAGAGCGGCCUACGACUUCCGGAGCUUGGUUUGAGUGCCCAGGCAGGGUUCACGCACGCGCAUAGCCGAAAAGGCGUAUUACCUACUCCGCCGAGCGAGAGCGGGGGAUGGUUCGCGAAGAGUAGGCGGGAGGAUGGGACAUACGACGAUAUCUGGGAAUGGGAAAUGGAGAGGUGGGACGCCCUAAUAACCGCCGUCGAUGCGUGGGAUGCGCCUGUGAGGGGUGGUGAGGCAGUGAGGGUGUGUCAGUAUAACACGGGGAGGACAGCGCAUGAUAGAUUGUCUAAACCUGUCUUGGCGGCGAUGCGGAGGAAGUAUUUCGUUGCGAAUGGGACGGAUCCGUUUGUGCACCUCACACAUCAUUUACCACUCUCCCAUCUGAUGGAGUUCUCGAAAGCGCUGACAAGUCCACCCACUGGGCACAGAACGAAUUCGACGAGGACUUUGGGAGGUGUGGGUGCGGCGGAGAACGAAGUGGAUGGGUACUUUUCGACGGAGAGGAUUUUCCCGUGUUUUGCGACGAAUCCGAGUGUGAACGCAUUGGUUGUGCAACCGGAUUCGAUACAUAUCGGGAUGUCCUUCGAGCCGGCUCAAUUCGCACCUAAACCCCGGCCGGGGCAGUCUCCGUUUGCUGCUUACGAGGGUGCGGGUGUUCGACGAGGGGCGAAUGGGUAUGCGGUUAUCACGCAGACCCACGAGUUCUUAAAGUGGAGGAUGCAGGAAUUGAUGCAUGGUGGAGUUUUCAUCUACGUUUUCCCCACAACGAGAGGAAAGGUCGGUGAGGAUUGGCUUCCGGAUUGGUUUAAGCCGUUGGAUGAGACGCUUGCGCCCGCUCUUCGGGGUUUGAUAAGUCAAGGCGUCAUCCCAACCCCACUCGCCGCUCAACUCGCUCAAUCCCCCCCUCAACCCGCCGAAUUCGACCGCCUUGUCGAUAACUUAAAACUCCGGCUCGAAGGCACCGCAGAAAUCCUACAAGCCUACACAGUACAGACCGCACACCCCGCAACGACAAUGUUCGAGCACAGCGAGAUUACGAAAGAGGAAUACUCGCGUCGUAUCACUUCCUGGUGGCGUCGUGAGGAGGAGGAUCGGAUGCGUGGGGUAGCGGCGGAGUGGUUUAAGGAGAAUGCGGCGGAGCAUGGGGGAUACUCGAUGCAGAGUGGGUUGAGGGUUAGUGCGGAGGAGGUUGUGAGGAGGGUUUGGGAUGAUGUGGAGGGUAGGGGAAUUGAGGGGAUGGUUAGAGGGGAUGUGGGGGUUUUGGUGAUUAAGAAGAUGUGAGCGACCUACGGGAGGUGGAGCCGAGGGGCAGAAGAUGAUGGGAUGAUGGGGAUGGAUGCUUGAGUCUUUGGAAUGAACUGGCUUUGAUAGCCGUCCUUUUUUGCUUUGGGUAACAGACGAAGGGUCUGCAUUGGGUAUGUUGGGCGUUUUGAUCGAUUCUUUCACUUGUUUGGUAUGGACGGACUUGGAGCCGUGACAGAUGGAUACGUAUUACCUCUCGAAACACGAUUAUAUUCAUAUGUAC